CACACAACACAUCUCCAACACAUCUUCACAAUACAACAUUAAUGGAGUCUUCUCGAGGGUUUUCCUUUCUAGCCUUCAUCGCAAUUCUUGCCUGCUUUGCUUUUCUAGCUUCAGCUGAACUUCACGUCCGUGAAUUUGUGAUCCAGCCAAAACCAGUGAAGAGGCUGUGCAGAACUCACGAAAGCAUCACCGUGAAUGGCCAGUUUCCUGGUCCAACGCUUGAGGUCAGGAACGGUGACUCUCUCGCAAUCACCGUCAUCAACAAAGCUCGUUACAACAUUAGCAUUCACUGGCAUGGAAUCAGACAGCUGCGGAAUCCGUGGGCUGAUGGUCCCGAGUACAUAACACAAUGUCCAAUCCGUCCAGGACAAAGCUACACUUACAGAUUCACAAUCGAAGACCAAGAAGGUACUCUUUGGUGGCACGCUCAUAGCCGGUGGCUAAGAGCCACCGUCUAUGGUGCUCUCAUCAUUUACCCUCGUCUUGGGUCUCCUUAUCCAUUCCAUAUGCCCAAACGUGACAUCCCAAUCCUUCUUGGGGAAUGGUGGGAUAGAAACCCAAUGGACGUUUUGAGACAAGCACAGUUCACAGGAGCUGCAGCUAAUGUCUCUGACGCUUACACAAUCAACGGCCAACCAGGGGAUCUCUACCGCUGCUCUCGGUCCGAGACCGUUCGUUUCCCGAUCUUCCCCGGUGAGACGGUCCAGCUCCGUAUCAUCAACGCUGGAUUGAACCAAGAGCUCUUCUUCGCUGUUGCCAACCACCAGCUCACUGUGGUUGAAACCGACUCCGCCUACACUAAACCAUUCACCACAAGUGUCAUCAUGAUCGGUCCGGGCCAAACCACUAACGUCCUUCUCACCGCAAACCAACGACCUGGCCGUUACUACAUGGCAGCUCGUGCCUACAACAGCGCAAACGCACCAUUCGACAACACAACCACAACCGCUAUCUUAGAGUAUGUCAACGCUCCAACUCGACGUGGUCGCGGCCGUGGCCGUGGCCAGAUUUCUCCGGUUUUCCCGGUUCUUCCGGGGUUCAACGACACUGCAACCGCAACUGCUUUCACAAACCGUCUGCGGUACUGGAAACGAGCUCCAGUACCGCUUCAGGUCGACGAGAAUCUCUUUUUCACCGUCGGUUUGGGACUGAUCAACUGCUCCAACCCCAACAGUCCACGCUGUCAAGGUCCUAACGGGACCAGGUUCGCGGCCAGCAUAAACAACCAGUCCUUCGUGUUACCACGAAGAAACUCCAUCAUGCAGGCUUAUUACCAAGGCAUGCCAGGUAUAUUCACGACCGAUUUCCCGCCUGUUCCACCGGUGCAAUUUGAUUACACCGGGAACGUUAGCCGUGGGCUAUGGCAGCCCGUGAAGGGAACUAAAGCGUACAAGCUUAAGUACAAGGCUAAUGUUCAGAUUGUGUUACAAGACACAAGCAUUGUCACGCCUGAGAAUCAUCCUAUGCACUUACACGGGUACCAAUUCUAUGUUGUCGGGUCUGGUUUCGGCAACUUUAACCCGAGAACUGACCCGGCUCGGUUUAACCUGUUUGACCCACCGGAGAGGAACACCAUUGGUACACCUCCAGGUGGUUGGGUUGCUAUCCGGUUCCAGGCUGAUAAUCCAGGAGCAUGGUUUAUGCAUUGUCACAUUGAUUCGCAUUUGGGAUGGGGUUUAGCGAUGGUUUUCUUGGUUGAGAACGGACGUGGACAGUUGCAAUCUGUGCAGGCUCCACCGUUGGAUCUUCCAAGAUGCUAAUAAAUGUUAUAACGUUUGUUCUAAGGUCUUGUGGGAUUAUGUUUUGCUUUAUUUUAAUCAGAAAGGCUUUUGGGAUCUUUGAACCUGUGUUGUGGUUAAAAGUUGUUCAUCUUUUGGUUUCCAUCUACUCUUUCUUGUUACUUUCUCGUAAUAGAGUGUCUUGAUUUAUCCAAUUUAAAGAUUAUCAAUGAAAAGCUUAUGUUGCAAU